GGGAAAGGUCAUAUUCCAUGGUACGAUCUAAUCUACGCAAUAUGAGUACGACUUGACUAUAUGAAUUAUGACAGCCAACAUCAACAUGUCCAAAACGCAAAUGUUUUUUGAUGCUAUCACGAAUAUUGACCAUGAAAAGAUUUUAGAUUUUACCCUGGGUGGAUUGUUAAACAUGAAAAAGAAGUUUCGGUAUCAGAAGAAAAACCGAGCUCUUGAAGCAGAUGAAAUGUCGGCCCUUUUACUCACCAUUAAAUAUUGUUACAGGAGGGACAUCAUUGAGAACAUGAUAGCAUCGGGAGCUGAUGUAAAUGCAGUAGGAUAUGAGUAUGCGGGUCGGAACUUUAACAGAGAGAGGAGAGUGACUCCGUUGUACCUAGCUAUCAACCGCAUGCGUAAUACAGAACUUGUACAGUGUCUUAUAUCUGCAGGGGCAGAUUUGAACAAGUUUGCUGGUCAGGUAACAGAGACAGAGGAGGAGGGAGGUUCCAUGGUUCUCGAUUGCAGGUCAUCAAGUCUGAACUUUGCUUUACAUUCGCAGUUUUAUGAUCCAGAGGUAAUAGAAAUUUUACUAGAAAAUGGAGCUGACCACAGUAUUAAGAACGACUCCUCGUUAUUUCCACUUCAAGUGGCGACACUCUACAACUACAGUGAGUCGGUGUUAUCACUGGUUCGGUACUGUGGAUGUGCGAGUUCUGACACUUACUCAGAGUAUUCCCCUCUUGUUUUACUGUUAGACUCUGCGGAGUUACUUUAUCCUGACGAGGAGCUCGGCUCGCCACAGCGUUGCGCUGAGAAGCGGUAUCAUUUGAUGAGGUGUGUCAAAAUUCUUCUGAAUGGUGGCUACGAUGUGCUCAAUGAUAGUUUAAUGGUGGAUUUGUGUCAGAGAAGCAAAUGCGAGGAGGACACAGAUGAGAUUGUUUUGAAUGUGUGUAACGUUAUCAACGACUGGGUGUACCAGCCUAAAAAUCUUAAAGUAUUAUGUAGAUUGAGAAUUCGUCAUAUUCUACAUGGAGGCCAGACAUGUAACCCUAGGACCGUGCACCAACUACCCCUACCUAAAACAUUAAAUAACUAUUUGAAUUUUUGUGAUUUUGAGUAAUCUACAAGGACUGUGCUAUGUUUAGGUCACCAGAGUCACUCAGGUGACCUAUGGCAGUUGGUGUGUGUUCAUCUUCAUGCAUUAAGAAGUGAACAUUUUGCCUGAGGUGCGGGAUAAAAACUGCCAAAAAUUGACCAAUUUUCAAAACUCUUUACAAAUUUACAACUGUAAACCUGUAAGAAAGCUAAAUGUAUGAAGUCUUGUAGAGCAUGAAGAUUUGUAUCAAAAUUGUGUAAAUUCCAUGAUCCCUAGGGUAUAUCUGACUCCAAAGCAGGGCCAAACUUGGCAUAUAGUGAUUAUGUGUAUAUCUUCUUUAAUGCUAUUGAUACUAAAUUUAAACUAAAUAUAUAUACAGUGUAUUUAGAAGGAACAGGUAGCCCUUUACCAAAAUUGUAAAUUUCAUGAUUCCAGGGGUAGUGGUUUUGGUACCAGGUUGGGACCAAAAUGGUCAUUGUGAUUAAAUGUCUUAUCUUUUGAAA